UUAUGUCUGGGAGUGCGAGCUGCAAUUCGCCGAAACGGAUGAUUGUCUCUGUGAUUAAAGCCGCGCCAUUCCAAUCCAAGUGCGGCGCCGAGGAGUUAAGUCUGGGGGAUUUCUCAAUGGGUUUUCCCUACAAAUGGCCGGAAAACUCCAACAGUAUGAGCCUGAGCCCGACCCCCAGCAUCGGAUCGACAGGAUCAGCUUCACCCGGGCAGAGUCCUGAUAUCCCCGCAUACAAGGAUGGGAUGAGACGUGGCCGUCCGAGAGCAGAAAUAGUCCGAGAUUUGAUCACUGAGGGCACCCUGUCGACUAGUCGGAUCCGCUGUCACAUCUGCAAUCGUGUAUUCCCAAGGGAGAAAUCUCUGCAAGCACACAAAAGGACACACACCGGUGAGAGACCGUAUGUGUGUGACUAUCCAAGCUGUGGGAGGGCAUUUGUGCAGAGUGGACAGCUCAAGACGCACCAGCGCCUGCACACGGGAGAGAAGCCGUUCAUCUGCUCUGAGCCAGGUUGUGUCAGCAAAUUUACUCACGCCAAUCGACACUGCUCAAAACACCCAUACGCCAGGCUGAGGCGGCAUGAGGGUGCGAACGACCAGGGCAAGGCCACAACAGCUGAAGAAGAUAAGGCAGUGGUGGAGUGGUUAGCGAGGUACUGGCAGAGCCGGGAGCAGCGUCUGACCCCCGCCAGGGAAGAGGUGGGCACCCAGAAAUCCGACCAGGAGCAGAAAAACCCCCUGAACGGCCACCACAGAGAGGACUAUGAGGAGGAGGAGAAGGAGCAACACUAUUCCGGGCAGCACCUGCAGGAACAGAAGGAGCGGUGGCACGGGGCGCUGGCACUUAUCCAGUUGGCAAAUCUCUCCUCAACUCAGCCCUACUGAGCAGCCUUUCCCCAUCCCUCCGACCCCCCCACUUGCUCCACUCCAGAACAUGGUGGAGUGGGGUGGGUGGUGGGAUGGGAAAUGACAAACAAGUUCAGUGUAUGCUGUUUUUUCUUACAGUCCCCUGGGAAUACUCUCGCCUAUUGGCCACACUAAUGUUCCUGACUGAACCCCUCGGGUUCUAGGGUUUUGUCCCAGGUGCUGGGUGUUAUACAACAGGAGUGAAGAUUCUCCUUUUAAUCCUUGGGAAAUUGGUGUCUCCCUUUGGUUGCUCACUUGCUGUGUUUAAGGCUGUUUUCACAGAAUCACAGUGCAGAAGAGGCCCUUUGGCCCAUCGAGUCUGUACCGACACGUGAGAAAC